AUGGUGAGACCCACACGCACCGUCCAGACCCACACGCACCGUCCAGACCCACACGCACCGUCCAGACCCACACGCACCGUCCAGACCCACACGGGCACCGUCCAGACCCACACGCGCCGUCCAGACCCACACGCGCGCCGUCCAGACCCACACGCGCCGUCCAGACCCACACGCGCCGUCCGGACCCACACGCGCCGUCCAGACCCACACGCGCGCCGUCCAGACCCACACGCGCCGUCCAGACCCACACGCGCCGCCGACCCACGCGCCGUCCAGACCCACACGCGCGCCGUCCAGACCCACACGCGCGCCGUCCAGACCCACACGCGCGCCGUCCAGACCCACACGCGCCGUCCAGACCCACACGCGCCGUCCAGACCCACACGCGCACCGUCCAGACCCACACGCGCACCGUCCAGACCCACACGCGCACCGUCCAGACCACCGCGCCAGACCCACACGCGCACCGUCCAGACCCACACGCGCACCGUCCAGACCCACACGCGCACCGUCCAGACCCACACGCGCACCGUCCAGACCCACACGCGCACCGUCCAGACCCACACGCACCGUCCAGACCCACACGCACCGUCCAGACCCACACGCACCGUCCAGACCCACACGCACCCUUCCGACAAGAAUGGGCUUUAG